UACCAAAAUUAAGGGGAGGGUCAAGAAAAAGAAGCUGGAUAUGGGAUCAUUAUAAAGAAUUACCUACUGAUUAUGGGUCCAAGGGUCAAUGCGAAGAAUUAAAAAAGGAUGGAUCUCAAUGUAACCAUAUAAUUGAAACUGACGAUGUUUUUCAACUAACUAACGAUGAAAAACUUUAUCAAGUAAAAAAUAAUACCAUUUAUAAAGAGCAAGUUGAUAAAGCUUUGGUUGAAUACAUAGUUACUGAUUCACAACCGUUUUAUAUGUUAGAAAAUCCUGGAUUUAUCAAAUAUUCAUUGGCUCUUGGUCCAUCUUACAAAUUACCUAGCAAUAAAGGAAUAAAAAGUAAAAUAUAUUUAGCUUAUGAUUGGAUGUUGGCAACUAUUCAUA